AUGUCUAGCUUGAAAGACUUUCUUUACAAAAAUGUCAGGGUAAUAUCGACAGAUGGAAGAUUGUUCCAAGGGAAACUUGAAGGAUUCGAUAAUUCCACUAAUAUUGUCAUUUCAGGAUGUAUUGAAAUAAUAGUUAAAUCGUCAGAUGAGGAAUUCCAACAACUUGAGAUGGGAAUUUAUCUUUUAAGAGGUACCAACAUAGUGUGUAUUGGAGAAAUUGAAGGAGAAGUCGAUUGGGAAAAGAUUGAAGGUGAUAAAUUAAAAGGAACUAAGAACCCUUUAUAG